AUUUUUUUAAUAUAAUUAAUGAUAAGAGCAGUAAUCUUGUUAGGUGGUCCAAGUAGAAAAGCUAGUUAUGGAACUUAUGAAUCAGCAUCUCCUUUAUUUCCAAUUAGUGGGGUUGAAAUAGUUGGUCAUCUUCUAAAUGCUAUACAAAAAUUAUCAAAUUUAAAGGAUUUCGUUCUUAUGGGUUAUUACGAUAAGAAGUGUUUUUAACAUUUUUAAGAAAAGUACUAAAAAUUGUAUGGCAAAAAUAUACGUUACAUUUAAGAAAUGAAUGAAAUGGGAACAGCAGGGGGAUUGGCAUAAAAUUUAUAAGAGUUGUUUGAAGAAGUAGAGGGUAUUAUAAAAAAAAAUAACACUAAGAUCUAUUGGUUGUGCAUUCAGACAUUUGUUGUGACUUGUAAGCCUAAAAAUUAUAUGAUUAUCACAAGAAGUAAAUAAUAUAGAAUCUAAAUUAGUAAAUCUGGAAAUUGCACUAUAAUGACAGUUCGAGUAUCAAAAGAAGAUUCAACUCGUUUUGGUUGUUUAAUCAAAGAUUUUUAAACUGAUUAAUUGAUUCAUCAUGCUGAAAAACCAGAAUAAUACAUUUCAAAUUUAGUAAAUUGUGGAGUGUACUUUUUUAAUUAAUCAUUCAAAACAACAAUAUUGAAUGUAAAAGCAAAAAAAGAAUCCAGUGUGAGUGAAGAACUUUAACAUUAACCAUAUGUUAAGUAUAUAAAAAGAAGCUCAGAUUUGGAUAAAUCCUAUUUAUCUUUAGAAAAUGAUGUACUAAAAUAAGCAGAAAGAGACAAAAUUUUUUUAUAUGAACAUAAAGGAUUCUGGCAAUCAAUAAAAUCAACAAUAGAUCUCUUGAAUGCAAAUAGACUUCUUCUUUAAUAUUAUUGUCAAAACCCAUUCUUAUUUAACAGUUCUGAUUAUGAAAUAAAGACUGAUGGAGUAUUGAUUCAUAAAAGUGCUAAAAUUCAUCCAUCAUCAAUUUUUGGUAGUAAUGUAGUUAUAGGUGCUGGUUGUGAGAUUGGAGAAGGAGUACGAAUAAAGAACUCUAUCCUACUAGAUGGUGUAGAAGUUAAAGUAAUUUUAGAUAUUAAUUUUAGAAUUUCUCUUUUAUUUAAAACUCAAUAAUAUGCUACAAUUCAAUUAUAGGAUAUUGGUGUAGAAUUGAAGGAGAUGUUCAAUUCUUAGGACCAUGUGUGAUUGUGGACAAUGAAUUAUUUUUAAGAAAUAUUGUAUGUCUCCAAAAUUGUAGAGUGUCUGAAAGUUAAGAAGGAGGUUGUUUGAUGUGA